GUGAGUUUUGGCGGUUUUAGUUAAAGAGGUUCCAGCAGGAGCAGGAGCAGCGUAGUUGUGCUGUAGCAAUGGGAGAAGAAAAAGUAGAAGAGGCGCUUCAAUCCGAAUCCAACGCCAACGAAGAGUACUCCUUCCCCGCGCUUCGCUUCGAUGUCCCUCCUCACAGAACCUACCAUUUCCACCGCCAGUUCAUCUCUCCCACCAACCCUAACAGUUUCCUCAAGGCCGUUAAAUGGUCACCCGAUGGUUCCUCUUUCCUCACCUCUUCCGACGACAACACUCUCCGCCUCUUCACGCCACCGAGCAGUGAAACCGCCGCUCCUGUUUCUGCUUCCCACGACGACGAUUCCUUUGCUGCAAACGUAGUCAUGCAUGAAGGAGAGUCCAUACACGAUUUCUGUUGGUAUCCUUACAUGUCUUCAUCAGAUCUGGUGACCAAUGUUUUUGCGACGACUACUCGCGACCAUCCAAUUCAUUUAUGGGAUGCUACCUCAGGCCAGUUACGUUGCACGUAUCGGGCAUAUGAUGCUAUGGAUGAAAUUACAGCUGCCUUUUCAAUUGCUUUUAAUCCUGCGGGGAAUAAGAUAUUUGCAGGAUACAACAAAUGUAUUAGGAUGUUUGAUUUACAUCGCCCUGGUAGAGAUUUUGAAUUGUUUUCAACAGUUAAAGAUAAAAAAGAAGGCCUAACGGGUAUUAUAUCUGCAAUGGCUUUUUCUCCAUUUCAUUCUGGGAUGCUAGCUUUGGGUUCUUACAAUCAAACUACUGCUAUUUAUAGGGAGGACAACAUGGAACUCUUGUAUGUUUUGCAUGGUCAAGAAGGUGGAAUUACACAUGUCCAGUUUUCCAGAGAUGGAAAUUAUUUAUAUACCGGAGGUCGGAAGGACCCUUAUAUACUCUGCUGGGAUGUGCGCAAAUCUGUUGAUUGUGUCUACAAGUUAUAUAGAUCAUCAGCAAACACCAAUCAAAGGAUACUGUUUGAUAUUGACCCUUCUGGACAGCAUCUUGGUACAGGUGGCCAGGAUGGUUUAGUACAUAUAUAUAAUCUUCAAACUGGGCAGUGGGUGUCAAGUUUUGAGGCUGCGUUAGACACAGUUAAUGGUUUCUCAUUCCAUCCAUUUCUACCCCAUGCUGUGUCAUCCUCAGGCCACCGUAGAUUUGUAAUUCCAGACGAUGACAACAAAGAGUUGUGCUUGAGUGGUAACGAAAACUGUGUCUCAGUGUGGAGUUUCUGCUAUGAUUCAACGAUGGAGACAGACUUGAAGAACAAUGGAAGUUUCAACAAUCAGUCUGAAAGUGAUUACUUAGACUGAAAUUUGUUAAGUUUUUGUGCCCCCCUUGUAUCAAUCAGGUAAAACAAAUUUGUUUUGCAGCCAAUGGUCAAAAUGGUUCACUGAUUAAUUGUUCCUUGUUUGACGGAAAAAACAGAGCAAAAUUUUGCGUAUAUAUCUUAUACAUGUGAAUUUAUAAUUGGAGCAAGGAUUUGGAGUUUGGACUUAUUUGCUUGUCAUUUGUUGGUGAGAUAUUUGUUACUGUUUUUACUUUCUAGUCAAGUUUCAACCCUCACUCUGGCCGGCAGUACGUGUUCUUCCCUUUUUGAGAAUCGUUCUUUCUUUAACAGUCAUGUGAAAAGCUGUCUCUAUACUUGGGAUUUAAAGUGGUCUUUGAUUAUUACAUACAAUAAAGAAACAGUAGUGGUCACCUGGCCAAAGGAAAAAAAAUGGCAGGCUCUACUAGUUGAUUGUCUAGACGACAUGGACGUGAAAGUAUUAUUUAGCGCCAUCUCAAGGAUAACCAGAACUGCUUUAAGAUCAUCUCACUGUAACAAGCUAAUAUCUCAAUGUUGAUGGUACUUGCUACUUGUUUAAUGGAGAUUAACGUUAAAAAGUGCUAAAAGGAAUUCAGUUCUGCAGUUAGCCUUUUUAUAUUUUACACUCUACAAUACUUGAUGCCGAAAAACGUCGUGUACUUGGUCACAUUCUAAGGUUGGUGGAAUCUGGAGGAAAGAAUAAUACGGCAACUCGUACAAACUCAACGAAGGCAUAAUGCUUUGUUCACUCUAGAAUAUUGCAAUUGCAUUCACAGGAUAUCGAUUUUUUGUUUUUGAAUAUGUUCAUAGAGGAUGAAAUAUUCUUUUGUAUAUCUGUCUCUUGACAUUUAUGUAUAAGAAUUUAGAAGUUAA